AUAUACACACAGUAACACUCAACGACACCGACAGAGACAGAAGUUUCAUCUCUGGUGACUGCGCGCCUCGUCACGUGAUCUCUCGGGCAGUACGUCACACCCGGAAGUGGAAUUGGUUUGCGCGGAGGCUGUUUGGCUGGUAGGGACAGUUAACCGUAACAUGUCUCACUCGUCCACGGUUUGGGAAACAAGCAGCGCGGAAAGUGCUUUUAACGGUAAAUAAGACGCUAAAUACGGUAGAUAUGCUAAACACGCGAGUACGUCGAGUUUAACGUGACGUAGCAUCCAUUCACGGCGCGGACUCCCUUCCAUGAACUCAUCAGACACCGAUGAUUUGUGAAUUUGGGGGGACCCCGGGCGGAUGAUCUGGACAGAGUCCCCUCCCGGACGGAGCUAACAGCCGUUUUACACGAUGAUGACCUUUGGAGCGAGAGCGGUCCUCCUCAGCGUGAGGUGCGCCAUCCACAGAUCAGGCUCCUUCGCCAGAACCGGACUCGUGCGCAGCAGCAGGGCGUGCUUUGUUAAGAGGGGGCGGAGUCUAACCCAGAUCCCCAAGGUCGCGUUGCUAUGUUGGGGCGCAGCCAAUGCGUCAUCGCGUGCAGCCACAUGCCAGGAAGCAACUGUGCGCAAAGCCGUUGAUAAAAAGUCUCUGGCCAAAGUCCAAGUGCACAAAGUGGUCUUUUUCCUGCGCCUCAGCCUGCGCGCGUUGGUGCUGCUCCUCAAGUUCGCCCCCCUGCUCCUCUUGUCCCCCUUCACCCUGGUGUCCGCUCGCUGGGCGUCCGUCUGGCUGGAUGCUCUCCUGUGGGUGACCGAGACUUCCGGUCCUACCUUCAUCAAGCUGGGUCAGUGGGCCAGCACCAGGAGGGACAUCUUCUCCCGGGAGUUCUGCGAGCGCUUCUCCGCGCUUCACGUGAAGGUGCGCCCGCACUCCUGGGCCCACACCAAGCAGUGUCUCCGCCGGGCCUUCGGGGACGGCUGGAGGAGGGUUUUGAUGUUUGACAGCAAAGAGCCAGUGGGUUCGGGGUGCGUGGCGCAGGUGUACAGAGGCUGGGCCAAGGCAGACCAAGUGGAGGACGUGGCCUUCCAGUCUGUGGUGGAGGAGAUGGAGAGAGAAGACCUGCUGGAAGCCUGGGAGAUCCCAGGUCUGGGAGGAGUGGCCCGUUCACUGUGGCAGCUCUGGAGGGGCAGCAAGGAGGAGGAGGACUUUGGGGAGAAGAGUCACUCAGAAGGGAUCUGCAGUGCGGAGAAGGAACAUCUGAUACCUGUGGCCAUCAAGGUGGUCCAUCCAGGCAUCCGGAGGCAGGUGGAAAUCGACAUACUGCUGAUGAAGGCGGGCAGCUGGCUCCUGCAAUGCCUGCCUGGACUCAAGUGGCUCAGUCUGUGUGAGAUAGUAGACGAGUUUGAGAAGCUCAUGAUCAAACAGAUUGAUCUCCGUUUUGAGGCCAAGAACAUUGAGCGUUUCCAGGAAAACUUCCGCAACGUGGACUAUGUGAAGUUCCCAACCACUUUACGACCUUUUGUCACCAGGUCCAUUUUAGUGGAAACGUUUGAGGAGAGUGUUCCUGUGUCCAACUACCUGAGCUCCGACAUUCCCCCGGAGGUGAAGCAGAAAAUAGCCCGGGUGGGAAUGGAGACCAUGCUGAAGAUGGUUUUUAUAGACAACUUUGUCCACGGAGACCUCCACCCCGGGAACAUUCUGGUCCACUGUUCCAGUGAGGGCGCCGGCGUACCGGGGGACGCCCAUGGAAAGACCACCCUCACUGACUUGUGGGACACGGUGGUGGUCAGCUUCAGGCCAGACAGGUGUCCCCUCCAGUUGGUGCUGUUGGACGCCGGCAUCGUAACCCAGCUGAGCAACCACGACCUCGCUAACCUCAAGGCCGUCUUCACAGCGGUGGUGCUGCAGCAGGGUGAGCGAGUGGCGGAGUUGCUCCUGAAUCACGCGCGGGCCAAUGAAUGCCGCGACGUGCCGCGGUUCAAGAAGGAGAUGUCCCAGCUGGUGGACGACGCCCUCAACAACACCCUCUCACUGGGAAAGUUCCAAGUGGGUGAAUUGCUCUCCAGAGUUUUUGGUCUACUCAUCAAACACAAGGUGAAGCUGGAGAGUAAUUUCGCCUCCAUCGUGUUCGCCAUCAUGGUGCUGGAGGGUCUCGGCAGGUCGCUGGAUCCCAACCUGGACAUCUUGGAUUUGGUCAAACCCCUGUUGCUAAAGAAGAGCGCUUCACUGCUCUGAAACACGCAGAGAGCUUAAGCUCAGUGAACACACACACCCGACUCGAGUGACGCCGAGAUCGAAAGGUGGCAGGUUCCUUUUUCAGAACGGCAUGUUGCGUCAUGGAUAUGCUCAAUGGACCUCAUCCAUAUGCAAUUUCCUUUAGUUUGAUUCAAAGCCUCACCAUUUCCACCAGCAUGAAUGUGAUUCAUAGCAGUGUAUUUUCUUACGUUUUCUCACAUGGCUCGAAAAUUGUAAAGGAUACUGGUUUACAUGGGAUUGGCAUAUGGAUAAGGAGGCAGCUGCAUGCCGCUACGUGCCGUUCUGAAAAAGGAACCUGCCGCCUUUUUGAUCCGGGGCGCUACUGCAGGUACACAGAUACUAAAUCUAUAGUGUUUACACGCUUUUCCUGCUGGGAUGAUGGAUUGUUGUCAAGGGUACGAGAUACAGUGGACCCCCGUCUUACUGUAUUUUAGCAGUGACCUUCUUCACUGCUUCCUUUGAGUGUUUUUAUGGUUUAAUAUUUUAACCGCAGGAAAGUCUUCCAGCCAUUUCUAACGCAGGCGAAGGAACGAGGAAACGUGCGCUCGUUUGAGUGCUGGUGGACACAUGAGCAGCAUUUAGGGGAAUUGUAACUAUUGAAGGUAAAAGAAAAUACGUUUGUUUUACUUUAAAAUUUUAAUUGAUCUCAGGAUGUCUUUUAUCCCCCUCGUGUUCUAGUGGGUCUUAAAGUCUAUUAAGCCAUAUAUUUAUUUAGUGUGAAUCAAUGUGCUGUAACAUUGACCAUGUGAAGUUUUUGGCUACUUACAACUGACCAGUUUUUGACUUUCCAUUAAAAUAGUGGAAACACACUACAUAUUUUUUAAAA